ACAUAUUCGUGUUUUACGUCAAUUGCCACCAUACCUAGCUGUAAGGGAGAAAUGGCUGAUGCCAUAGCCGAUACAAGAAGGCUUUUUACUAAGCCUCAAAAUCUGAAUGAUGCGUAUGGACCUCCGAGUAACUUUCUAGAGAUUGAUGUGAGCAACCCCGAGACUGUCGGAGUUGGCAGAGGCAGAUUUACGACGUAUGAGAUCAGAUUGAAGACCAACUUACCCAUCUUCAAGCUGAAGGAGUCUUCCGUACGGAGACGGUACAGCGACUUUGAGUGGCUAAGAGCAGAGCUGGAGCGAGAAAGCAAGGUGGUUGUGCCUCCUCUGCCAGGCAAAGCUCUGUUCAGGCAGCUUCCGUUUAGAGGGGACGACGGCAUUUUCGACGACUCGUUCAUCGAAGAGCGGAGGCAAGGUCUGGAGCAGUUCCUCAACAAGGUGGCCGGUCAUCCUCUAGCUCAGAACGAACGCUGCCUGCACAUGUUUCUACAGGACGAGUCCGUGGACAAGAACUACACCCCAUCCAAAAUCAGACAAGCCUAAAGAGAAGAGACGGCUGUGGCCUGCCUCGUCCGGCUCCAAGCUCGGCUGUCCCAAAGCUUCCUCCACGGCCUCGUGUUCGUCUCAACAGAAACAUUUCGGUGACAGAUUGUUCUCUUAAGCCCCCUUUGAAUGCCGUCAUUAUUGUCUUAUUUUAUUUUGAACUCUUCACCUGAUAAAGCUUGUUUUCACCGUCUAAAUGGAGAGAAAAAAAUUGUGGCUCAAAGUGAUUUAUAGUUAUUUGUCUUUGUCUGGAGAUGCCACUUAUAUAGAAAUAUGAUGUAUUUAUCAUUUAUAAGUGUCAUGAAUAUAUUCCUUUAUAAAGGUUCCCUGAAAGAGCGUUAUAUGUAUGCAAAGCUCUUCCUAUGACCCACACCUCGUACCCAGCACUGGCAUGUUGAUUCACUGUAACUAACCAAACACCUGCAGACACACUUUCAGACCACAUCUGGAUGUUAGGAACUGAAACAUCUGUGUCAACCAGCACCUGCCCAGCGCUCACAAUGUUUUCUAACAAUUUACACAGAGGGAACCGCAGUAUUUGUAAGAGCUAUAUGCAUUUUGAGAUUUGUAUACUGCUGUGCCAUUUUUGUUUAUUUUGAGAAUUUUUCCAAUAAAAAGUUAAAUAUCUUCA